AUGGCAGAGGAAUACCGACAGCGCCUUGAUAAUAAUGUAGAGAAGUUAGUAGAAAAUUUUAAAGGCCUUGUAAAGACAGCCAAGAUUAAAGACUCGGCAAAUACCACACGUGAGUCUUUUCAGAGCUCUAUCUACGCUACGACCCUCGUUCAAGCCAGCGAAUCACUGCUGAAGCUCGUGUCAGAAAUGAAACUUUCACUUGCACUGGGCGAUUUUGAAGGCAUGAGUCAGAACGUUGAUACGACUUCCGACGAGCUGUUAAAACGAUGUGACGAUGUGGAUGCACAGAUUUCACACUUGAGCUCCGACAUUUCAUCGGCAUUAUUCGAGCUCGAGAACCAUUUCUAUCAGUCAAAAUGGAGACUAUCGCCUACAGGAGACAGUGAAGAAUUGAUGUAG